CUGUGGUAGAGAUGGGAGACUUUUAAUAUGCCUAGCAAUUUAGAUUCGGUUUUUUGGCGCUAACAUUCAUGUGCAACAAAAGAGAAAUAUGAAUGUAGGCAACACUUAAUACACAUGAAUUACAAAACAAACACUAACCUAUUACGUCAACUUGUAACCCGUGUAUUAAAAAAAUACAUUUUGAAUUAAUGAUAGCAUUGUAAAAACUUAUCAACUAUGAAUUCAGAUCAAGGAAAUUCUAUAUUAAAUGAGAUUGCAGCUACUGAAGCAGCAUUGAAAUCUACAUAUUGCAGAUUAGAGACUAUAGAGCAUAAACUCAAGACAGAAAAUCUGUCAGAAAACAAACAGAAACUACUACAACAAGAAGUUGAAGAGGUCAGAAAACUGCUAAAGACCCAUGAAGAUCAAUUGGCACACUUGAGGACUCACAACAGAGCCACCUUUGUUUUUGUUGUUUGCUUAGUUUUCAUUAUAUUUGCUGUGUACAUGCUCUAUAUUUUGGUGAAAGGGGAUCAGUUCUAGUUAUGAUCAGUAUUAAUUUUAUACUUUUGUAAAUAAAUUAAAAUAUUAACAAUUUGUUUUCCCUAUCUUUGGCAAAAUCACUGUAUUUU